AUGGUCGGACAAGUAUCCUGCUACAUCUGCCACGGCAUCGGGCACACCUCUCCUAAGUGCACAGUGCGCGGAGACGGCCGAACCGACAAGCACCACGGGUGCUACAUCUGCGGAGCUCAAGAUCACCAGAAGGACUUCCACGGGUACUUCGAUAGCGAUGGUCCUCGCUGCCCAAGCUGCAACAAGUUUGGGCACAACGCCAAGUACUGUGAGAAGAAGAAGAAAUGGCAGAACGCGAAGAAGAAWCGCGGAAAGCGCCACGGUCCGUCGAGGCUCAACCAAGUUGAGAAUGCCGACGAGGGAGAGCAGAAGGAUGCGGAAGAGCGCGACCCCAACCUUCCGCGCGGCGAUGUUGUUGACCAAGAGGCCAACGAAGUGGACCACAACAUCGCGGAGCAUGACAACGCGGUUCAUGGUAUCGGCAUCGCCACCGGCACCCUCUACCUCAACGAGCCUGAGGUUGACGCCGCGCGCACUAUUAGCGCCAAGGAAUUGGAGGACGCACUCGAUCCUCUGCCGAACGCUGGCAAUUGGCACGAGAACGUGCGGGAGUUCCUCCGCCAGUCAAGUCCUCCCGACCAGCAGCACGCAGAGAUCACCGCUGCCAUCCCCACCAAGGUCCGCUCGUACAGCGAGUUGAAGGCCGCGCAUCUCGCACAAGCCGUGAGCAGCGAUGCAUCGCGCCAAGCCAACGAAACGGCGCACAGAUUCCUGACGAACAUCGUCAACAAGGAGCUCAACAAGACUACCCCCUCCACGCCGUGGGAGAACGGUGCCGCCUGGGCUGCCGCCGGCCGCCAGUACUUCUCCAACGUCACGGCAAACCCUCUCCCGCAUCUCCUCGAUGAUCCGGACUUCUUACAAGAACGUUCGGUGGACAUGGUCAACGAGCUUCUCGGAGAAGAGCCGGUGAAUAAGAAGCUGGUGAGGCCAUACGCGCCCUUCAAGUUCCCGAGCAUUUUCGACUCGAAGGCUCCGAUCAUCCCGCUGUCAGGAAUGGGCGCCGCGAUUCGAAAGAACGGAACGCCAGCGACGCUGGCGGGGCUUGCGGAGUAA